CCUGCACUGAUCAGUUUGCCAGUGGCUGGAGCCAACCAAUCCGUCUGUCCACUCCGGUUUGACGGUCUGUUGCCAGCACGAGACUCGACGAGCCUGGAGCCCGGGGUGCUGAGUCAGUCGAUCAUCUGCCUGCUACCCUCUCAAAGUUACACGGAUGCAGGCGGUCUUCCCGGACAGAUGCUUCUACCUCCGAUCUCGCUACUCUCGAGGACCGAGGGAGGCGGCGCAGCCGAUCGAGACGGCAAAUACUGA